GCUUUACCUCCAAGAUGCUGAACCUCAACUCGCCGGACAACAACAGCAACAGGAAUUCUCUCCAGGACCCGGUGUCAUUAAAUGUUGGUGGAGAAAUUUACACCACAACCCUGGACACUCUGACACGCUGCCGUGACUCGAUGCUUGGCGCCAUGUUCACAGGACAAAUCCCCAUGCUCAGGGAUAGCAAAGGAAACAUUUUCAUAGACCGCGACGGUAAAGUGUUCAGGUACAUUCUAAAUUACCUGCGCUCCAGCUCCCUGGACCUGCCGGACGGCUUCUCAGAGCUGGCACUGCUGCAGAGAGAGGCUGACUUCUUCCAGAUACACCCCCUGCUGGAGGAGAUUCACCGAUAUGAGGCGUCAGUUCCUCGCAGCCUCAGAGGAGGGCCUCUCGGAGCCAUGAUUAUUGUUAACGUUGAGUCCAAGGUCCGCAUUCUCCACUUUAACUUGCGCCAUGGGCCAGAAAACUAUGAGCUUCGUACAUGUUCCGUGCAAGCCUUUACAGUCGACCUCUUUUGCACCUGGAGAGCUUUCCUCGGUCUGCUUUGCGAGCGCUUCUCCUACAGAACAUCCCAGGGUCUUACCAGCCCCCACCCAUGCAACCCGAGGCAGAACAGGCUGAAACUGGAGUGGGUCCCGCGGCCCGAUGAACUCCCGCAGGACCAGUAUGACAAACAACGCUACCAGGAACUAACUGUGUGUAACCCAGAGGUCACACGGUCAGAUGAAAUCAUGAACAUGCACCAGAACCUCUGUGAAAUCACAGACAUGCAGGGUUUUGUGGAGGAGCUGCUGAAGGUGUCUCUGGCUGAAGGGUUCAGGGUUGAUCUGGUGACUCCGGACCCAGCGGAUAUUCUUAACUGCACCUCACUGCGACUCGUCAAGGGCUGAGCUCUGGGUGGAGAAUUAAACUAACAAAAAACACAAGAACAUGCCAAGUUGAUGAACUUUGGACAGUUCUUUUUAGUCACAUCUGAACCACUUACCCUUAGAACUUAAUCUGUUUAAUCAAAUCUAUUAUUAGUUGAACUAACUUUUUGUAGAAAUAAAAAGGAUAUGCAUUGUGACUAGAUGGUAAUUGAAUAUUAUAUUUAAGAAUUUACCAAAAUAAUAGAUAAAAAGCUCUGUUAAAUAGAAUAUUUUAUAUAAUAAUACAAAUAAUAAUAAUAAAAAGUUUUUCCACAUGCUUACACGUCAUAUUGUCAGUAUUUAUAUGUAACAUUUAGAUGUAACUUAGCUUUUUUCAGACAUGGAAUCUGAACCAUUGUUAGCUUGAUUUAGCAGUUAAAGUGACAGCUUUGGGGCUUUCAAUGUGGAAAUGUGGUGGAAAUGUUCCAUGUUGACUCUGUUUAUAAUGUCAUAAGGAAUAUUUACAUGUGGCAGCUCUGGGGUUGGGCUUGAUUCCACUCUCCAUACAACUUUGUAGCUGCCCCAAUAAACUUUCUUCAUUUAUUACA